GGUGGACACAGAUCAACACCGAGAGAGAGAGAGAGAGAGAGAAAGCUGAAACUUCAAUAUUCUGCCUCGAAGGUCAGAGCCAACCUAGACUAAAUCAAAUAGGAGUGUUGCUUUUUAGAUUUAACAAUUUUAUUUCAGCUGUCUCCCAUUCCAUCAUUGCACUGUGGCAUGAGAGAGUGGGAUUAGGGGAUAGGCUGUAUUGCGCAUGGUGCUUUAUCAGAGGGGCUUUGAUAGGCCUAUCGGUUGUGACAGUCGGACUGCGCCUGCCUGGAAUACAGGUGUUCUUUGGUCAAAUAUGGACGCAGAGCGCAUCAUGCACAGUGAGCAGAUUGUCAACACUCGCGACUUCAUCAUCUCAGUUAAAUGCACCUCCGACACCUCGGGAAAAUCGGCAUUCGGUGGAAGAUGAGAUUGUAGCCUUGACCACUACGGUAGUGGCCACGUCUGUGAAUGGGGAUCUCAGCUGCUCUCGGUGGAUUGUAGCAAUUUUCAUUGAUUAUUCAUCUCUGUGCGCCCUCAAUCGAAUGCAGUUCUGACCGUAGGAUGCUUGUUUAGCCUACUAUGGCCGUUUCAAAUUAACACCCGGUGAUUAUUACAUGCUGUUAUCUCAGUGAUCAUUCAUUCAGAAGAUUCCUCCUCGGUAUUAUUCGUAAUAUCUCUCGGAUACCCAGCCUACCAUUCAAUAACGAUAAGGAGUGGCGGACCCAAGCACAGUGCAAGCUGCAAGGCUUUAGUAGGCUGAACACUCGCCCAGAGGGGAGCAGUUUAGUCGGGGAUAUCAUGUCACAUUGACGCGGCCGGGAUGUGCUUUGUGCUUGAUUAAAGCUCUGUGUGUGAACAGUUCGUAAAUGUAAAAACCUUUAGAGAUUGAAUGAUGGUGCCUGGGGCUCCAACAACCAUGCUUCCCGCUUCCGAGGCUGCCAAAAUCUACCAGACCAACUAUGUGAGGAACUCCCGCGCUAUCGGGGUUCUGUGGGCCAUCUUCACCAUCCUCUUCGCUAUAGUCAACGUGGUGUGCUUUAUCCAGCCCUACUGGAUCGGAGACGGGAUGGACACGCCGCAGGCCGGUUACUUCGGCCUCUUCCACUACUGCAUCGGAAACGGGCUGUCCCGGGACCUGACGUGCCAGGGCAGCUUCAUGGAGUUCAGCACGAUCCCUUCCAGCGCCUUCAAAGCCGCGUCCGUCUUCAUCGGGAUGUCCAUGGUGCUGGUCAUCGGAUGCAUCGGCUGCUUCACGCUCUUCUUCUUCUGCAGCACAGGCACCGUCUACAAGAUCUGCGGCUGGAUACAGCUGGCUGCGGGUACGUGCCUGAUUCUGGGCUGUAUGAUCUACCCAGACGGCUGGGACAGUGACGAGGUGAAAAGGAUGUGUGGGGAGCAGACAGACAAGUACACCCUGGGAGCGUGCUCCGUGCGCUGGGCCUACAUCCUGGCUAUCAUGGGCAUCAUGGACGCCCUGAUACUCUCCUUCCUGGCCUUCGUCCUGGGAAACCGUCAGGAUGGGCUGAUGGCUGAUGAACUGCUGGAUAAGACUGGUAAUUCCAUAUAAACAGCCAAAUACUGUACAAAGGUGUUGGUGCCCAUCAGAGGUAAAGAUAAUGUAACACAACGUUCCAGCUUUCAUACCUGUCACUCUGGAGGUGGAAAGGAGAGCUACUGCUGUUGGAAAGAACAGAACGAGAAAAGGACAAUUGAAUGAAAGGAGGAGACAUCCACUCCAAGAGAACCCACUUAGUAAAGACCAACCCCUACGGCCCCGUUAUCACCCAGACAUGACCUUGAGUGCAACAACAGAUGGAAGACUUCAUAUUGUUUUAUGAAAUCCGUUACUGAGUGGACACGGUAGGCCUAACGGGCGGCAGAUAGCCUAGUGAUUAGAGCAUUGGGUCAGUAACCGAAAGGUCGCUGGUUUGAAUACCUGAGCCGACAAGGUGAAAAAAAGUCUGCCGUUGUGCCCCCUGAGUAAGGCACUUAACCCUGAUUUGCUCCAGAGGCGCUGUACUACUGUGACUGACCCUGUAAAACAACACAUUUCACUGCACCUAUCCAGUGUAUGUGACAAUAAAACAUAUUAGGAAACAUAUGAGAAAAGGUUUGUUUGUGAAAAAGACCUUGAGAUUCUGUCCCACCAUUCAAGGCCCUAGCAUAGGAAAACACAAAUUAACCCAGCGAUUCCCAAACUCAGUCCUGGGGAUCCCAAGGGGUGCACGUUUUGGUUUUUGCCCUAGCAUUUGACCCAACUAAUUAAAAUAAUUAACUAAUCACCAAGCUUUGAAAACUUGAAUCAGCUGUGUAGUGCUUGGGGGAAAAAACAAAACAUGCACCCCUUGAGGUCCCCAGGACUGAGUUUGGGAAACGGUCAACUAACUCAUGACCACACAUGACCGCUAGGCUACAGCAUUGGAUUGUUCAGACGUCUGAUCAAACAGAGCUGUCGUCUUUAUUGUGUCAAACUCACCCCUGGACACAGACAGUACACAUGUACCUGAACUGUGGAUUCCUUCAUGACUUGUGUUCCACUCUUUGCUCUUCAUUGGGCUCAUCAUUGUAAGACUGUUUACAGUGGGUGAGCAUGGUCCAUGAGAACUGUAAGCACUGUCUGGAAGGGUGGAAGGGUCAGUGGUGCCUGGGAACCUUUGGACGUCCCUACACAAAACCCUAACCUUUAUCCUUACCUUAACCUUUUUAAAUAGAAUCUUCAACGGGGUGACAUCAGAAUUGGUACGUCCCAAGGAUCCCAUUUAGACGUGUCCCUACUGGAAGACAACGGCUGAACAGAGAGCGAUGCUCCACCACUGACACCACAUUAAAUGUGACCAAGUUGAAGGUAAAGAAGACAUUUUGUAGCUGUAAUGAAUGACUGUUGUGAUAGAAUCAGCGAGGUAGAGAUCAGCGCCAUGUAGGACUAGAGGUCAAGAGCAGGCUGCCAAUCAUAGUGUCCUCGGCAACCCUGGAGAAAACCAUGCUGAAGAACCAUGUAUUAAGUAGAAGAAAAAGCCUAUUAACAAAUAGAAAUAGCUGUUCUACGUGUUGGAAUAUUAUUUUGUCUCGACUAUGAUAUUUACAAUCGAUGGACAACACUUAACACCCAAUCGACAGUAUUGUAGAGUAUUGCCAUUUUACUAUGUGAAGAAGUGUUUCCAUAAAGUGUGGCUCAGUGUCUUGAAUUGUAUUAUCUGGGAAUAUAACCUUAGAAUCCAUCUGCAACUUUAUCACUAGUAGCAAUGUGUCCUUUAACGGAAAGUCAUUCUUGCUCUCUAUCCAGCACAUUUUAUCAAUGAAUACAAAUACAAUUUCUUGAAGGUCAAAAUAUGGACGUUAUGGCCAUAUAAAGGGACAGAACUGGUUGAAAAGAUCAGUAGCCUCCAGAGCCCAUGUAAACUCAAGUCACGUAGUUUACCACUGUCACACAAACAGGGCUGCAACGCAACUUUAUAACUAUUAUUUCAGCAGUCUACUGCCAGCAGCAUAGCACCCUGCAUCCCACUGCUGGUUUGCCCCUGAAGCAAAGCACGGUUGGUCCCGGUCAGUCCCUUGAUGGAAGACCGGAUGCUGCUGGAAACGGUGUUGGAGGGCCAAUAGGAGGCACUCUUUCAUCUGGUCCAAGGAGAUCCUAAUGCCCCAGGGCAGUGAAGGGGACAUUGCCCUGCAUAGGGUGCUGUCUUUCAGAUAGGAAGUUAAAUGGGUGUCUUAACUCUCUGUGGUCAUUAAAAAUCCCAUGGCAUUUAUUGUAAGAGUAGGGGGUUAAAUUCCCAACCUGGCCACCUAAUCAUCCUCCUAAUUGGCAUAUAUCACUUUCCAGCCGGUGAGUGUAGUGCUUUAUAAAUCCACGCUCAUUAUGUUAUAAAUGUGCCGAGUGUUCUUAUAGGGCUUCUGGGCUGAAACAAGCUCAACUUAACAUGUGAACCACAGAAAGCUGCUGUGGGGGCGGCUCAUAGUAAUGUCUGGGAACGGAGGCAAUGGAAUGGCAUAUCAUUCCACUGAUUCCAAUCCAGCCAUUAAUAUGAGCCAGUCCUCCCCAAUUAAUAAGGUGCCACCAACCUCCUGUGAUGUGAACUAAUCAACAUGUGAA